ACUUUACCAAAUACAAUUACUACACUCACAUUCUGUAAUGAUUUUAAGCAAGUAGUUCUACCUGGCACAUUACCAAAUAGUCUCACAACACUCACAUUCGGUCAUUAUUUUAACCAAGUAGUUCUACCUGGCUCAUUACCAAAUAGUCUCACAACACUCACAUUCGGUUAUUGUUUUAACCAAGUAAUUCCACCCGGUUCAUUACCAAAUAAUCUCACAACACUCACAUUAAGUAGUUGUUUUAACCAAGUAAUUCCAUCCGGUAUAUUACCAGUUUAG